AUGAAGUACGGCCUUGCACUUCUGGCUGCGGCCACUGGUGCUCUUGCUGCCGGGAAUGGCACUGUUGCGUACACCACAAUGGUUGUCACAGCCUUGACCACGUUCUGCCCGUACGCUACUGAGCUCACUCACAACGGGAUAACGUACACCGUCACCGAGGCGACUACACUGACUAUCACGGAUUGCCCAUGCACUGUCACUCAUCCAAUGCACACUCCUUCAACAGUCCUCUACACCUCUUGCCCACCGGGCGCCAAGUCCUCCCCAGCAAACGCUCCCCCGGCAUCUACGCCAGCUAACCCACCUUACCCGAAUCCAUUGACCAUCACUAACGCUGCGCCGAUCAUGACACCAAACGGCGGCUUCGCAACUGGAACGGCGGUCUAUCCUACCCAGCCUGCCAUGAUCAUUGGCGCUGCUCGUGCGAACAAGGUCGGCGGCAUGCUUGUUGGUGCUGUGGCUGGUAUUGUUGCGAUGGCUUUGUAA